AUGAUGUUGUCGAUUCCAGUUCAACCAAGUGCGAAGAGUAUUUUGGCAUUCCCUUCUUUUAUCUCCCAGAAGCCCUGUUUUACACCCAUCAAAACCUCAAUUUCAUUGAAAUCCAGAGCUUCCUCUUUGAAUUCGUCAACCCAUUUUGGCCGCAAAAUUAGAGCCACUAGUAGAAUUCAAAGGCUUAAUGCUGCUGCCUCCACAGAAUUAGCUCCAGCGGAAACCCCCAGUGAGGUUUCCGACUCUGAGCUUGUACAAACAUCUGAGAAGCUAGUGGAGGUGAAAUCAGUGGUGAAGCCUAGAUUGGUAUUGAAGUUCAUAUGGAUGGAAAAGAACAUUGGUCUUGGCCUCGAUCAGUUGAUACCGGGCUAUGGCACUGUGCCUUUGAGUCCAUACUACUUUUGGCCAAGGAAGGACGCAUGGGAAGAGCUAAAGACAACUCUAGAGAGUAAGCCAUGGAUAUCCCAGAAGAAAAUGAUUAUACUUCUUAAUCAGGCCACGGAUAUUAUCAAUCUUUGGCAACAGAGUGGUGGCAAUUUGUCCUAG